AUGACAGACCAACUUGAUGAGGAUGGAUUUGUCAAAGUAGAGCGCUUCAAGUACAAGCCAGUGAUAAGCAGUAAAAAGAAGAAUAAAAAGAACAGCAGAUAUACCUUUCAAGAUCCAGAUGACUGGAAUAUUGAUGACAUUUCAAUCAACCUAAAGCAACGCAGGGAGGCAUUGGUCAACAGUCGAUUCUACAAAGAUCUGCUAGUGAUCUUUGAUGACCAUUUAGUAGCUACAAAGCCACACGAUAUUGUGUGUUAUGGCAUUGGAUCAAUGCAGAAGUCAAAGAACGCACAGUAUCAGUUUGUGUUGGCACUGCUACUCCGAGAACUACUAAAGAUCCCUGGCACCAUGUAUAUCUUUGAUCCAGUCAUGACAGCAUUAGACAUGGAGCUGUGCAAACUGCAUAAAAUAGAAAUUAUUGCCGAGAACGAGGAUGGAAAGCGGCUUGCUGACAAGCCAACACUGUUUUAUAUGCCUCACUGUGGAAGAGGAUUGUACAGCAACACACUAAGCGCGAAUUGGAAUGAGAAGCAUUUGCCAAACGUUACCAUCAUUGGUAACCGAUUUGACAUGUAUGUCGGAAGUCAACUGGAAAAGGAUCUCAAGAGGGAAUGUCCCUACCUCAUCCCUGCUGUUGAUAUUCUAGAUGUUGUAUUGUUUCCCAAGGAAUUUGACAAUAACCAGAUCUUUAGUGAUCUCUCAAUCCAAACCUUUCCAAAAGAAACCAUAGACAAGCUAGAGCCUGAUUUCUGGUUGAGCGUUCCAAAGGAUGUACAAUAA